AUGAGUUCCCCGGGGGAUCAGGCCACCCCGAGUCUCCUGGACCAGUGCUCUCACGGCUUCAUGGUCUCCCAGGUUCUGUUUGCCGCCUGCGAGCUGGGAGUGUUUGACAUUCUCGCCGAGGCCCCGGAGCCCCUGGGCUCGGACGCAGUGGCCGAUCGUUUGGGCACCAGCUCCCGGGGGACAGAGCUGCUGCUGGACACCUGCGUGUCCCUGAAGCUCCUUCAAGCGGAAACGAGAGGAGGAAGAGCUUUUUAUGAAAACACAGAGCUCUCCAGCGCCUACCUGGUCAGGUCCAGCCCCAGGUCCCAGCACAACAUGCUGCUGUACAUGGCCAAGACCACCUAUCUGUGCUGGGCACACCUGGCCCAGGCUGUGAGAGAAGGAAAGAACCAGUAUCUGAAGGCGUUCGGGGUUCCCUCGGAAGAGCUCUUUACCGCCAUCUACAGGUCUGAGGGCGAGCGGCUGCUGUUCAUGAGAGGUCUGCAGGAGGUCUGGAGCGUCCAGGGGAGAAGCGUGCUCGCUGCCUUCGACCUGUCACCCUUCCGGCUCCUGUGCGACCUCGGCGGAGAUUUCUUUCAAGACCCCCUUCCGGAGGCAGAUCUGUACAUCCUGGCCAGGAUCCUGCAUGACUGGGCCGAUGAGAAAUGUGCACAGCUGCUGGCGAGAAUCCAUCAGGCCUGCAAGCCAGGCGGUGGGGUCCUGGUCAUCGAAAGCCUCCUGGACGAAGACGGACGGGGCCCCCUGACCACGCAGCUGUACUCGCUGAACAUGUUGGUGCAGACGGAGGGCCGGGAGCGGAGCCCGGCCCAGUACCGCGCUCUCCUGGCCGGGGCCGGCUUCAGGGACGUCAGGUGCAAGAGGACCCCGGGCACCUACGGCGCCAUCCUGGCCAGCAAGGAGCACCCCCUGUAGGUCUGCCGCGGCCGUGGGCACCCACACGUUGCUGUCGACGGACGGCCUCAGCUCGGGCUCUCGGUUUUCCUGCUCUGCUGGCCAGUGAGUUGGGAUUUCCGUGGACGGCGGCUGAACGCCCUUCAUUCUGUGGGUUCUGUCCUGUUUUCUUUGUAAAAAUUUAU